AUCGUGCUUGGAUGGAGGGGCGAAACCCGAUCGCCUGAUGUGCUGCCUGAAACCCAGAGGAGUGACUUAUCAGGACGCGCUCAAAAUGUCUUCUUCCUCAAGCGAGGUCAUUAGUGCCGAUGAGAUCAAGAGGGAGAAUCGUGGGAGUGUCAAGCUGUCAGUGCUGGACCCCGCGGAGUUGCCGAUGGAGAAUGCCGAACUUUUGGACUGCUCACCGGCCUCCCUGGCCUUCUCUCCCGAGCAGGUUGCGUGCGUCUGCGAAGCGCUGCUGCAGGGUGGGAACGUGGAGCGCCUGGCCAGGUUCCUCUGGUCACUGCCGCAGAGUGACCUUCUGCGGGGGAACGAGAGCAUCCUGAAAGCGCAGGCGAUAGUCGCGUUCCACCAGGCCCGCUACCAAGAGCUCUACUGCAUUUUGGAGAACCACAGUUUCAGUCCGUCAAACCACUCGUCUCUGCAGGAUAUGUGGUACAAGGCGCGCUACAUCGAAGCGGAGAAGGCGCGGGGCAGACCGCUGGGUGCCGUGGACAAGUAUCGCUUACGCAGGAAAUACCCGCUGCCUCGGACUAUCUGGGACGGAGAGGAGACCGUGUAUUGUUUCAAAGAGAGGUCUAGGAACGCGCUGAAGGAUAUGUACAAGCGGAACCGGUACCCAUCUCCGGCCGAAAAACGAAAUCUGGCCAAAAUGACAGGACUUUCUCUGACGCAGGUCAGCAACUGGUUCAAAAACAGGAGGCAGAGAGACAGAAAUCCAUCCGAGGCGCAGUCAAAAAGUGAGUCAGAUGGCAAUCACAGUACGGAAGAUGAGUCCAGUAAAGGCCAGGAUGACUUGUCACCACGUCCCCUCUCCAGCGGCUCUUCUAGCUCCGUCGCACACGGAACAGCCCCCCCUACAGUUUACUCCGAUGGAGGAACAACGGUCAUCCAACAAAUUGGAGAUGUCAAAAUGCCUUCGCACGCAACUGGAGGAAUGAGUUUUAACGGCGAUCUAGCGAGCGUGAACGCUCACUACAUCAACGGUGGAGCCUACGUUCAGUCACACGGUAGCAACGCUCUCCUGAAUGGACUUGGCGCCACGAGUGGCCAUUUCUUGGCCUUUGAUCCCCAAAGGGUCUCCCAUCACAGCCAGGAGAGGCUGUUAGGUGGGUCUUCCGUGUCUUAUGCUCCAUUCUCAAUGGGCGUUUCUGAAACCACCUCUGGAAAGCUGGAGGCCAUGCAGACUCUGGUUUCCAAUGCUGAAGAUGGAGUCAUUUCUUCAGUGGUCUCCUUCGCUUCAGCCCCCUCCACGCCAUCCACUACCUCAGGAGGCCUUCAUCUCAGCAGUUACAGCGUGGUCAAUCUCCCUGGAAGUGAAACCACCAUGGGUCUUCCUCCUCUAAUGCUGCCCCCGUCUUCAACAUCAUCCACUCACGGCUCUGCUCCUUUGGGCAACGUCGUCAGUGACUCUCCUCAACACUCGAGCCAAACCCUGCUCUACACGCAGACUGUGAAGCAGGAGCCUUUGGAUGUGUCUGGAAGCUACACUUAUCCUUCUGAAAUGUCCCUGGACCAAGGCAGCAACCUGGGCUACACAGCCUCCCUUUUCCUUUCUUCUUCCUCUACCGGCGGUUCACUUCCCCAUACGGUCACAGCCACGGUCACCUCCGGCACCGAGGUCCACCACGCUCUGAAUCAAGCUGGACGUGGCCUCCAAGAGAACAGUGUAGCCCUGUCUUCAGACUACAGAUCUCAAGAUGUCGGGCUGCCCAACAGCCUGCAAGUUGCUUCUAGAGCAGGAGAAGGCCCAGUCAGGGUUGUUUGUGGGGAUCUGGACAUGGAAGGGAAAGAGCUGGCCAAGCUGCAGACUGUACAGAUGGACGAUGAUGGAAGUGACCUAUGAUGAUGUUAUUGGCAACAAAGAGCUGCAUUUCACUUGCUAGACUGGUUUUGUCGCGCCGCAUUGUGCCCUUACGGACCCUGUAAGCACAAAUCAUUUUCAGAUGAACCCUGAUGAUGGAUAUAAAAUGCGAACAGUGCCUUCCUGUCCUCAGAUAUCCCAACUUGCACUAAGAGGGCUGCAGAAUGUACCAGGCAAUGCACUGAACUUCUGAAGAAUAUUUAGAUGCACUGUCUUUACUCUCACCUCAUGAAAAAUACAAAAAGACCCGUUAAAAAGCACAAAUGUGCUCUGAAUCAAAAAAUAUGCAGCUUUAUAGUGAUUGUUUUCUUUUAACAAGAUUUUAUUGAAGCACAGAUGCGUUUUGUUGUUGUUGUUUUGUUGUUCAUGGUCUUUUGUAUUUAAAUUCUUUGAGUGUGACGAUGCAAAUGUGAUAAAGGUUAUUUUGUUAUGUUUGAAUUUUAUGUUACAGAAUUUUUGAUUCAAACUCAUACGUCUCUUUCUACGCAUCCCAAUGUGGACUUUGUUCUUUUUAAGUAUAAUCUUGACCAGCAGUGCAACUGGUCAAAUGUGCCUUCCUCACAAACUGUCAGCUAGGCUAGAAAACAAGCCAUUUGUUUGCAAGAAUUCAUCAGGAAUAACUGAAGUAUGAGUGUUUUUGUUUAUUUGUGUGACAACUGUUUUGGACGUGUUUUGUCAUUUCCUUUAGCAUUAGAAAAUGCCCAGCGCUGAAUUCUGUGAGCUUCGUAGGGCAAGAUAAAUAUUUGUAAGGUGCGGUCACAUUUAUCGUAGUUCGUAGUAAGAAUUUUAAUUCAAAUUGGGAAUUUUGCAUGAGGCAGAUAGCUUCCUCAGUUAAUUUCGCAGUUAAUCACGCAAAUUUGAUGACCAACAGCAAGCUGCUUGGUUUAAAACUGACUUCUCCGUGAGAUGUGCUUCGUACAUCACUACCAAUUUGGACCUUUUCAGCCGUGAAAUUUUGCUAAUGUAACCGCACCUUUUCACCAAACAUGAGCUCUGUACAUACUGCAAGAACCACAAGAAACCUUAAAACGUCAGUCCUGCUUGAAAGAACGCUAUUUUUCUAAACCCUUCCACCCUAUUAAAUAUUUAUAUUUGUA